GUCCGCCGCGCCGGAGGCUGGGCUGAGCGCCGCGGCGCCGCGCGGGUAUCGCCUUCCCCGCCCCGGAACGCUUUGAGCCCGGAACCUUGUGGCUGGCCGGCGGGGAAAAGGGGGAAAGAGAAAAAGGCAGAAGCGGCGGCGCCCCGCCGAGGCGGCCGUGUGGCGACGGUAUUGCGCAGGUUCCGUUCCUCUCCGCCAUCGCCCGGCCCGGCCCGGCCCGGCUUGGACCAUGUACCGGCAGAGCUUCCGUCCUCCGACGCCUCCGUACGUGGGCAGCGGCUUCCGGAGCCCUCCGUCCGGCGGAGGCCCUGUGCCGCCGUCCCCGCGGGCCUACGGGAGCCCCUACCACACGCCGCCCUACGGCCACCGGCCUGGGCCUUACGGCGGCGGCCACUCGCCUCGAGGCCUCGGAUUCCCCGGCGGCGGCGGGCGGUUCGGGAGCCCGUCACCCGGGGGGCAGACCCCGCGCAGGCCGGAGAGCGUCAGCCCCCGGUACCUGGCUCCUUACGGCGGCAAAUCCCCAGCCGGGGCUCCCCUGCACCCGCAGCAGCUCAGGCGCUCGCCCGGGGGCUUCCAGAAGCACUAUCAGGGAUCACCCAGGACAUCUACUCCAUUUGGUACAGCGCAUGGCAGAGAGAAAAGAGUGUCUAAUGAUGUGGAAAACUAUUACAGACCUUCAAUGCUUGAGGACCCCUGGGCUGGCCUAGAGCCAGUUUCUGUUACAGACAUAAACCAACAAUACAGCAGUGAGCAAACAACAUAUACUGGUAAAAAAGGGAGGUAUUUCAGCUAACACUUUUAAAGGCCAAAUAACUCCAUCUUGUCAGGAAAACUUUGGGACAAAAUCUUUACACUUAACACAAGAUGAACAAUAACCAAGACUUUAGAUAAUGCUUUUAUUUGGUCACACAUCCACCCUUUUAUCCUACUUUUUUUUGAAUUGCAUUGGAUAUUUUUAUGUGUGAGAGGGAAAAGGAGUUGUAGGAAAACAAACUUACAUUUCUGGCUCCGUGGAAGUGCCUACCAGCUUUGAAGAACAAAGUGUUCUUUAAUCACCAGCGACUGAUUUGUGACUGUUAAAAGACGUUUCCGUAUCUUUACCUCUUCCAUGCCAGAUUGUUAGCCUUUUAUUGUAAACUUGUUUAGGAAAUGGUAUUUUUUUAUGUUUCAAUAUUUUUAGAAUGAAAUCACUUGGAAAUGAAAUAAAGUUUUGUAAACCCUUGUUUUGUAAUGUAUAAAGAUUAUUUUAGGACUUUUGUUAAGGUGUAUGCGUUAACACAAAUAGUACUAGUGAAAUCAGGUGACUGCUGUAAAUGUGCUUGUAUGCUGUAGUAUUUUUUGUUCAUUGUAGUGCAACGUGAAGUUGAAACGUGACUUUGAGCCAUCUCAGGAAACAAAUGUGUUGUCUUCGGAACGUUUCAUUUGUUGAACUGGCUCCUGAGUUGAUUAACGUAAUUCUGUAAUCAUUUGCUUUUUGUAUUUAAAAAGAAAACCUUAUUUGAAACAAUUAGACGUUUCUGAAUUAUAGUAACAAGCCUGUUCAGUGGCAGUUUAAGUCUAAGGAGCAAGUAAAAGGUGAAGAUCAAAGAAAUGCAAAUGUACUUCUGGAUCCGCUUGUUUAGGAUAGCACAGAGUGAACAGCAGUUUGGUACACAGUUGACAUGAGUACAUGCAUAGCAGCUUUUUUUCUUACCUGUGGAAGAUUUUUCUUCUUAGACUUAUUUUCAUUUUUACCUGUGAGAGGUAUCUUUGCCUACAGUAGUCUUGCUUCGGGUGCAUGCAUGCUAUAUUUUUAUACUGAAGAGGAAAACAAUGAGGGGGGUUUUUUUAGAGCUUGUCUGUACAUAGACGAUCUAUUCUUAAAUCCACUAGCAAAUACUGUAAUCUAGAAUAAAUAAGAAAUAGUUCCAGGCGUGCUCUUAACGUGCUAUGUAAGCCUGCAGUAGAUAUGUACGUUUUUGUUGAUGGUAGCAUUAUUUGUUUGUUGAUCUUGGCUUUUAAGCAGUAGGCAGAGGCUGAAAACUUACUUAAAAAUAAGUAAAAGCAUUAGUUCAGGUUUCAACACAUACAUUUUCCUAUGAUCUUCUUACAUACUUCACAGAAAACAUCUAUUUGUAGUCCUGAGGCACGGUUAGGUAGAAAGCACAGGGAAUCACAUUAGACUGUUCUCGAUAACGUGUCUGUUGCUGAGCUAGAAUAGUGCUAUGUACUACUUGAUCUAUUUCAGCAUCAAAUGUCUUUGGUUUUGGUUCAUGCUGCCUUCAGGAACAACUUCAAACUGGAAAUAGGAUGUUUUUCUUCCUUUUUUGAAAACUUUGUCAGAUGCUGCAAAGCUCACCAAAAAAACGUACAGGGUGCUUAACCAAGUCACUUCUUUACUGGUUUCUUUGUAUUUCAAUGCAGUUUACUUUCUGCAAUGUUUGGUGACCUUGGGGAAACAGAUGAUUUUAUUUAAGAGACUAAAGCUACAAUAUUUUCCCAGUUAGACAUGAGAAGAAACUGGGUUUGGAAAGGAGAAAAUAAAGGAAGAGGAUUGAUGUCAGAAGUGAGACCUUUAGAGGUGGGACUGCUUGUAGCCAAUAUCAUCUGCCCUUGCACAUUGCAGAGAUGCAUUUUUUUCACUUUGGAUUUGCAGUUGACCCAGGAAUCAAAGCCAGCCACCUCUGGUAAUAUCUGUUAACUUCUGGAACCAGGUGUCAAAUAUCCACAAAGGUAAAUGGUGCAGAAAGAGGAUUGAGGAAGUAAUCUUGAAGCAUUCUGUUUUACCAGUAGCGGUCUUCCACAAUGCUAUCUCUUAAGCUGCUGCUCCAGUAUACUUCAGGAUAUGACCCAGUAUACUUCAGGAUAUGACCCAACAAGUAUAAGUAUGUUAUAGUGCUAAAGACUCAAGUGAUUUGGUCAAGAAUAAGCAAGGAAUUAAAAUGUAGAAGUUAUAAAUGUACUAACCUCACCGUACUGCACCAAAAACUUCACAGUUAUUCACCUCUCCAGCUUCUAGAGGUUCUGCAAUUACAGUAAUUUUUAAAACUGUCAUUGUUGAAUAGCUGUAAAAUGCAUGAACGUGUGUUCAGAACUAUAAAUAUAAUGUACUUAAAGCCAA